AUGGACAUAGUAAACGUGGACUUCGAACUCUUCAACUACGACCCCACAAUCGACUUCCACGGCGUAAGAACCCUCCUCCGCCAGCUCCUCGACGCCGACGCCUCCCUCUUCGACCUCUCCUCCCUCUCCGACCUCAUCGUCGAGCAAAACACGGUCGGCUCCACCUGCAAGGUCGACGACAAGGCCAACGACGCCUACGCCUUCCUCACCGUACUCAACAUCCAAGAGCACUCCCCCACCAAACCCGUAGUCAAACAACUCGCCGAGUACCUCGCCGAUCGCGCCACAAAGUCCCAAGAUGAAACCCUGGCCAAGGUCGUGCCCGAGGUGUUGCUUGGAGAGGGGAAACAACAGGUCGGGUUGGUCCUGGCGGAAAGGUUACUCAACAUGCCGGCCGAGGUCAUCCCGCCAAUGUGGAGCUGCAUGAUUGAUGAGAUUGAGGCUGCGGUCGAGGACAAGGAGCCGUACGAGUUUACGCAUUAUCUUGUGCUUUCAAGAACGUACCUCGAGGUGGAGUCAACGUUAAAUCAGACAGAGAGGAAAAACAAGAGGUCAAAGGCGACGGGGGAGCUGCAGUAUUUCCAUCCCGAGGACGAGGAGAUGAGAAAGUUUGCGACGGCGGCGGGAAGUUUUGAGUACACAAAGGAAGGACAGGCCGCGGUGGCGGAUAGCAAGCGCGCGUUCCAAGAGAUGGGGAUCAAGCCGGUGGGCUUCAUGAUGUUGAUUGAGGCGGAGAAGUUCCCCAAGGCUGUCCAGGGGAUCACAGAGUAUGUGGCCACUGGCGGGAUGUCAAUGGAGAUUUCAUAG